ACAUACGUAAUAUUGAGUAAAGCAAGAAUGUUAGGGACAAGUUUAGGAAUACUUUUAAUCUCUAUGUUCGUUACAAAAACGGCAGCAAAUUGUUUAGAAACAAAGGAUGGAUUAUGCCUUCUAAGUGAGCAGACAAAUAGGGCUUCAGCCGCAAUCAAAUGUCAAGAAAUAAAUAAGAAAUUAGUGUCAGUUAAAACCAAAGAGGAUAGAAAAAUAUUAGAUUCGAUAGGUAUAAUGUUAUCCAAGAAAAAUUCAUCACUAGAUGAGAGAGCAUGGAUAGAAGGGCGUAUAAAGGUUGAUCAAAAGUUUAAAUGGACCAAUUCAAUCUCAGAGUACGGUAGGUAGUCGCUUUAUUACGCAUUGUUACGUAUGAUAAUUACGUAAGCUAGUGAAAAAUCGGGUGAGGUCACGGUAUUGUGCCAAUUUUACGCAAUUAGAUGUCGUUUUACUAAAAAGCAUUAAUUGAUUUUACAUCAAAACUUUAUCAUUUAAAAUAUUUUAUUAGUUUUAUAUAAGAUAGGUAUUUGAACUUUUAAAAAAGGAAUAUAAAUUUUUUCUAUUUUCGUAACUAAAUAAGCAGUAUAGAAUUCUGUAAUAAACUAUUAAACUCUGUUGUGUCUAAGUAUCUAGUAGCCUACGUUAUAAAAUUUCUAUAUUUAUUAAAAGUAAAACUUUAUAGGGCUUAAAAAAAAAUCAAACAGUUUAAAUUUUAUAUAAAAACAAUUUAUUUAUACAGUAAUCGGUUUUUUGUUCUUUUUUUUCUAAAUUCUAUUUUCAUAUUUCAAAUUAUUAAACCUUUUUAUGCUUUAUUACGUAAGUCCCUUAACUUUAUAUUAGUUUAAAAACCUAGCAAAUAAAAUCUGGUUUUUAAACAUUUAUUUGAAUUUUACGCAAACUUAAAUGGAGGAAGGACAUGUUAUUUCAUUACGCUAGAAAUCUUCUUCUCUUCCCUUUUUAAAAAGAUUCUAUGGAUUUCUUCCUUUAUCAGUAAUGUUGUUUAGCUUUCCCUACAGUGCAUCUAAAUUAGAAAAUUGAUGGCCAACGUCCAACUAUUUGCUAAAGAUAUACCACUGAGCCCUAUAAGAAGGGUUCACACCCUAUUCUUUAAAUAUAUCUUGUUAGUAGCGUAGGCGGAGGUAUAAGCUUUUGUUUUUCAUUGCAAAGAAUUUUGAAUUUCACUGAAUAUUUACAUUAAGUCACCUUGAUAAUGUUUUAUCUAUUUAGAUGUUUAUAUCAAAUAUAGUUUAAGAUAAAUAAUUGGACUCGGAUUAAGCGAGCAAAAUUUGCGAAGAUCCUGUAUAAAGCUAGAUUUGGGAAGGAGUGUGGAAAACAGUCUGCAAACGGAUUACUGCAAUGCCACAAUGCCGUACUUAUGCCAACGUGCAACCACCGGGCCUUGUUCACCUUUUUCGGAAAAUCUGAAGCUUGGCGAUUUUUGCUAUGAUUUACUGAUUGCUGGAAAGCAUUGGUUUCAGGCUGCCGGCGAGUGUGAAUUAGCGGUAAUCAGCGAUCUAAAUAUUCACAAUAGAAUUCAUCAAUGGCUGAAGACUAAAGGAAUUACCGUAUGGGUAGGAGCUACAAGGAUGAGCAGUGAUGUCUCGCUGAACGAUUUUCGAUGGGUGGAUACAUUCGAAAGCGGUCAAUCGUGUUUGAUUAGCGACAGAGGUGGUAAACUUUCUUCUGCGGACUGUAACAGCUCAUGGAAUGUGGUUUGCGAAGAACAGAAUUCUUUAAUAUCCCAAACUGCUAGCGCUACUACCGCUUCUACUACCAAAACAAGAGAUAGUACUACAGAUGCUGAUGCAACAUCAAAGCGGUUAACAGUUACAAUUAAUAACAAUCAAAUAACUACAGAAGGAGCAAACUUAACCAUUUCACAAUCUAGUCUACCUGAUAAUAAAACCACGAAGAGUACAGAAUCGCCUAGUAAUAGCUAUAGUUCUAACGACAACCUUAUAAUUAUAUUGGUACCAGCCGUAUUGGUCUUCAUCUUUAUAGUUGCUAGCCUGACUCUUUUAGCCUGGUGGAUUAGCUCGAAGAAAACCGAAGACAAGUGACAAACUAAACUUAGAAACCCCGAGAGAUCAGGACAAUAAUUCCUUCGAUAGCAAUAAACUAUGACGGCCUUAGUGAACGAUUGACAAACGAAGCGUUCAGUUAAUUUAUAAUUAAUAGUUAUUUACGCAUGAACAAAUCUUGCUAUUGUCUAAGCAUUCAUAGAUAAUCAAUUUUUUGUCUUCCCAUAAAUAAAAAACGUAACGUUUUUUUUUAUUCUUUAUUAUUCAAUGUUUUUUUUUUCAUAUUUCAACAUUAUAAAUAUAAUUCUCUGUCAAAUUAACAAUAUUGCUAUCGGGUCUUUUUUUAUGAACACGCGAAUAUAUCGGCUUCAUUCCAUCAGCUUUCUCUUGAGCAUUUUCACAAUUCGUGCGGUUUGUAUCGGCUUUCGAAUAGUGUUUCUCGUUUGGCUCUUCAACAGUAUGGUAGAUAUUCUCAGCCAGGUAAUACACUGGACUAGAAUCUGGUACAAAAUCCGGCAUUGGGGCUUUUAAAUCUUUUUUAGCUUCUGAUAUUUUCUUAUUAAGUUCUUUCUCAUCGUUGAGACGAUUCUUUAAUCGUAUAUAUUUUAUUGUAAAAAGGACGAUAGUACAGACUAUAGAAAAUAUGAAGGCGAUGGAUAUACCGACUACUGCAGCUAUAAGUAUUCCGGUUGAAAUCAAUUCCUCUUGGCUUUCACAAGGGCAAUAGGGAAUCAAAAUAUUUCCAUCAUCACAUGUACCUCUCGUCAAAUUGUCGAGUUUAAUUGUACAAUAGCCUUUAGGUAUCUUGGUAUCCGGACAAGCAUAUAUCACCGGACAGCUUAAAGUCAUGUUGAGGAGUUGUAAAAAAAUUGUUUAUGAUUCGUCUCCACCCUUUCGUUUAGUAAUUUUUUGUUCAAAUGUUCAAAUAUGGGUAGAGCAGUGACUGUACCGCUAUAUACGCGUAUAGGAGUAUAUAUAAGUCUGUAUAAUACGGAAUAUAUAAUAUGUUUUUUUACUCAACCACCAAUGAAUCAUCCGCCAACGUAAGUGAAUAGGCUUAAUGCCGGGCUAUUUGAAAGGGAAUUCCUUUGAAAGCCGCCCCGUAAAGCUUUGGUAAAGCUUCCUGUGUCACGAAGGAGAAUCACCGUAACGUUUAUUUGUGUUAGUUAAAAUGUUGCAUGAUACACGCCAAUAGAACACUUCGAGAAUCCGCUAUAUUUAUUUUAAGACACAUGGAUUAAACAGGAGUAAAUAAAUUCCUCGCCGCUACAAAAUAAAACGGAAUUAGGUCUUAAACACUACGUGUAAUCUAUCUAUUUACCCUUAUAUCUUGUCUUGAUUAUGUUAUUACUUAAUUUUAAGCCUGACUUUUAUUCACAUGCACGCUAUUUGGCCGGACACAUUACACCAUUACACCUUCCAAAACACAUAAAAAACACUACAUAAACGAAAAACAAAUGUGUUUUACGACUUAAAGGGAUGUUCAAGUGUUGCAUAGGCGUUAACCGUUCAAAUAACUAUUUACAAAAAGGAAUCCUUGGGUGUUAAUCGUAUUGAACGAGAAAAAUACCGAAAAAUAGUGAUACAAAAGCGAGAGAGUAAAAUUUCUUAAUAGGUUUGGUUAAUUCAACGAGUAUUUAACUCACCUUUUGUUGAAAAUGUUGCCGUUGAUAAUUUUCACGACUUCCUCCCUAAAACAGAUAAAAUAUGAUAAGAAUACACCAAUAACUUUGCCAUAAUAUGCCUACUGGAUUUUCUAGGAGUUUUCCAGAUGCUUUUACCAGUUAUAACUGGCAGUCAGUCGAAAUGGAUCUGCUCAACGAACGGAACCGGAAAUUGAACUAAGCAUUGCAAUUACACGUGCGACAUUCGAUUUGUUAACUAUUACACUUCGAUUGUUAGCGAAUAGUGGUUAAUCUUUCGUUAGGGUCAUGUAACAUCUAGAUUAAAAAUUUAUUACGCUUGAACUUAAUAAUCCAUUAAUCCAGAUCGGUUACGAUAAAUAUAAGAUAAAAUCGAUUGAAAAGUGUUUUUACUUUUAAAAAAAAAAUUCAAUGGUCCGGUCCAACAGACCAGUUUAGCUAGUUGGGUUUUCUUUACAAUUUACAAUUUAAAAAAAGAUUUUUUUACUUUUUACAAAAAAAAAGAAUAGUAAAAAUGGACUUUUUACUCUCAAUUUCCUACGAAAUAAUUGACUUAUGCGCCUAAUAGGCGAUAGCGUGAGUUUACUAGAUUGAAUUUUAAGUAAACUCUUGCUACAAAUAUUGGGUCUGCA